AUGUCAACCUUAUUCAGAGCGCCAACUGAUGUUCGAAGUGGUCCACCUCAUAAAUUCGAAUCCAUGGAUGCUUCAUCAAAAUGGUGUGUUAGGAAGAAAGAAGAUUCACCAACUUUGGCUAGUAUCCGCCAUCGAAUUCAAUCACUAGCUCAAUUAACAAAAAGACUAGGCGUUUACACUGUAUGCUAUAUGUCUGCCGCCGGAUUUGAAUAUACAGGUAAUGGAGAUACAGCUCGUUGCAAGGACUGUGGACUUGAGGUAUCUAACUGGAGAUCAGAUAUGAAGCCAUUUACUAUUCAUUCGAAACAGAGACCUGAUUGUCCAUUCGUCUGCACUAUAAUACCAUCUUCGUUAUCAAAUGUAUGCGCCUCUUUUGUUCCGCCAACAACUGCUGUUGAAAAGAUAUCGAUGCCAAAUGAACAAGAAAAUCCUUCUAAACGUCGAAAAAUUGAAACAAUGGAUUCGGGAUCUGUCUCAAACACUUUACUUGAAACAAGUUUACUUCAACAAGUGCGAAGACGUACUUUUUCUCAUUGGCCACAUCCUACUAUUCCAUCAAGUGCACAAAUGAUGGAAGCUGGAUUUUUUAAUUGCAAUGUUGAUGAUCGAGUAAUAUGCAUGUAUUGUAAUCUUAUUUGUCAACAAUGGACACCAAAUACAGAUGAUCCAUGUGAAGUGCAUAAAACGCUUUCACCUAAUUGUAUAUAUGUCAAAGCCAAACUGAUACGUCCUUCAGUUUCAUCUCUAAUAAUCGUCAAUGAAGGUGCAACAGAU